GUUACCGGAAGUUGUUUCAGCUGCCAUGUUUGGUUGCUUUGUUGUAGGCUUCUACUAGGUUUCCUACAGAAUUACUAAGUGUGGAAAUGGAGGCGAGCUGGAGUACGUUUCUUUUCCAACAGGCCAAUGAAGCCCUCCACCACCAGCACCAGGUGGCCCAGAAUAGCUUGCUGCCUCUUCUUAACGCGGGAACCGAACCAAUCGACCAAAAGCCCGUCCUGCCCAUUCAAAUCGAGCAGAAGAACCCUUCCAUUUCUUUAGACCUGCUCAAAGACAAUGUGGCCGGAGGCGGCACCCGGCCACCGGUGCCCGUGAUAAAGAAGGAGCACAAAGGCAAAACGCCAUUUGUUUGCGGCUACUGCAACAAAGCCUUCCGCGACAGCUACCACCUGCGACGCCACGAGUCCAGCCACACGGGUAUCAAAAUGGUGUCGCGGCCAAAGAAGACGGCCCAGACGGCCCCGACCAUGGUGCCGAUGAUCUCCACCAUGCAGCGAGAGAACAACGGGAACGUUUCCUAUAUCUCCACGGCGGCGGGAAUCUUUUCCACGGCGACCACUUCCGUGUCUUCGGGCGCCAGCGUGAUGACGUCCGCAAUGGGCAACAUGGCGCACCAUCAGCAGACUGUACCCAAAAAACCUGCCAAACCCGUCAAGAAAAACCACGGGUGCGAGAUGUGCGGCAAGGCCUUCCGUGACGUUUACCACCUGAAUCGCCACAAGCUGUCCCAUUCUGACGAAAAGCCCUUCGAAUGCCCUAUUUGCCACCAACGCUUUAAAAGGAAAGACAGAAUGACCUACCACGUUCGCUCUCACGACGGUGGAGUUCAUAAACCCUACGUGUGUUCUGUCUGCGGGAAAGGCUUUUCCAGGCCAGACCACUUGAGUUGUCACGUCAAGCACGUUCAUUCUUCUGAACGGCCGUUUAAAUGUCAAGUGACGGCGUGUACAUCUGCUUUUGCCACCAAAGACCGUCUGCGUUCUCAUAUGAUCAGACACGAGGGGAAGGUGACCUGCAGCAUCUGUGGGAAGAUGCUAAGUGCAGCUUACAUCACCAGCCAUCUGAAGACUCACGGGCAAACAAACUUCAACUCCUGUAACAAAGACGAGGUCUGCAACUCUGCCUCAGCCACCCCCGUGACCAUCUCGGCUCCCAUCACCACGGCCAUGAAUCGGGGCAAUUCCAAUAACAACAAUAACGCCGUCACCAUCGCGGCGCAAAUGAACAUUAGCACCAACACGGUCAACAUCACGUCGCCGGUCAACCUUCAGCAUCCCCUCACCAUCACCGGGCCCGUCAACAUCGCGUCGGUCAACAUCCCCGCCACCGCGUCCAUGAAUAUCGCCCACCCCGUGGCAAUAACCACCCCCAUGCCAAUGAAUAUCGCCGGCCCGCUUAACAUCGCCAUGAGGCCGGUGGAUAGCAUGCCUUUCUUGUCCCAAGUCUUGCCGUCCUCCCCGCCCUGGUAAAAAAAACGAGAAUGCAACUGGCCAGAAAGAAAGGGAAAAUAAAGACAAGUAAGAUUGAAGGUUUUGCUCCAUUUCUUAAAAACCCACCAAACCUUUUGAAGUUGGUGCUGUAUUUAUCUGAGCUGUGCAGCCAGGGGGCGCUCGCCCAGUCAAGAUGCAUCAUACUUGAGUAGGACCGUCUUUGAAAUGAGGACAAGUAUAGGACAUAGCUUAGCCUGUUAGUGACGAAACUGUGAUCUGAUGAGGUGAGUUGUUGGAGAAAGUUACCAUAGGACAAGCGAGGGACUGACUUUUCUCCCACUCUUAUUUUUGACUGUUGCUUUGUACAUGAAUCCAUAUUUAAUGUAGAAAAUAAGAAUAGUAAUGGCCAGCAGCAUGGGAGAAUAUUUUUUUCACAGCAUUUACAGAUAGUUGCUACGCUCUAGAGGUACAGCUAACUUGUACAUUUGACAUAGUUGAAGUUUUUAAACUGUCUUUUCGAGAGGAUAGUGAAACGUUUGUAUUUUUAUAUACCGUAUGUACGGAAUCACGAUGUUUUCUGUUCUUUAACCUCCAAUGUAGUCCGAUUGGAUUUAGAGCAGCAGUAUUAGCAUGAUCUUAUUCGGUGCAAUUGACGUCUAUACCCAUAGUCGUUGGAUUCCGGUUGACCAGUUUUCUCGUCGCUCGCACUGAAGGAGUUAAGCUGACGGGCCGAUCGUAAGCAGCAGUUCCGGAUAAUUCCGCCCCGGUCCACCGAGACUCAGGAAACGCACACCUUUCAAAGAAUGUGUCAUUCACAUAUGCAUUCUGGGCUUUUAUGUGUUUGUCAUUUUUAAAUUUUGAUUGUUUGGAAAAUCUUUAGGUACCAAGCAAGAUUUUUGUCUGUACAAAAAUCGGUUUAACAAAAUCCGCCCGUAAGUACAGUGUAUCACAAAAGUGAGUACACCCCUCGCAUUUUUGCAGAUAUUGAAGAAUAUAAUUUAGGGCUGCAGCUAUCGAUUAUUUUAGUAGUCGAUUAAUCGAUGAACUAGUUCGAAUAAUCGAGUAAUUGGAUGAGGAACAUAAAAAAUACAAAUACCUGAACUGAGCUUCAAACGGUAUAAAAAAAUAAAUAAAAUUUUUAAAAAAAGAGGAUAUAUGUAAAAGAAAAGAAUAAUUGGCCAACUUACAUAGCAAAAGACCACUAGUUUAAAUGCUAUAAAAUGCUAAGGUUUUUUACAAUGCUCUUAACAAAUAGUUCAAAUACACAUUCCCACAAAAAAUGGCUAAAUAUACCUUUAAACUACAUUAUGAAUGCAUUAAAAAAAAAAAAAAAAACAUUAGCUCAAACAAAGACUUGGCUUAUGUUGGUCUUAACAGGGAACAGCUGGAUUCAGCCAUGUGAAAUGAGGCAGACUAGAGGGCAGUGUAUCCACCCACAUUAAUAAAACUAAAUGCAAACACUUUCAAAACAAACCAUUACGCCACUUUGACUAAACGAAUACUCGAAGCAGCAACAUUUAAUUUGAAUAUUUUUUUUCUAAUCGAAUACUCGAGUUAAUCGAUUAAUCGUUGCAGCACUAAUUUCAUGUGACAACACUUGACAAAAUGACAGUUUGACACAAUGAAAAGUAGCCUGUGUGCAGCUUAUAUAAUAGUUAAUUUAUGUUUCCCUCAAAAUAACUCCAAAUAUAGCCAUUUUAAUAUCUAAACCCCUGAGUACACCCCUUAGAAACUACGCACAUCCCUAAAUGUCC